GUAGGCAACUCCGACUAAGAAGAGACGGAUCUUACUCUACGUCUCCUCUUCUUUCAUCCGACUUCCGAUACCUCCGCAACUUCACCUUUGUUUUCCGGAACAAGGAUAUGAUCACCAUCGCGACAUACAUCUAAAGCCCCACAUCCUCAUCAUCCUCGAGAAGACUGAUACCAGUUCUGAUUACUCUGUUUCUGUUUCUUUUUCUCUGUUUCUCUAUCAUGUCUUUCUACGACACUGCCCUCUUGAACAGCGAACUCUCCAAGCCGACCUCAAUAUUCGGUCUGCGUUUAUGGGUUGUUAUUGGAAUUUGUGUUGGAGUGUUCAUCGUUCUCAUUCUCUUCCUCCUCUCUCUCUGCAUCACGUCUCGUCGCCGAAGAUCUCCCAACUCCAGCUCUCGUCGCUCGAAGUUCUCUGCCUCCGAUCACUCUCCUAUCGUCUCCAAGGAGAUCCAAGAGAUCGUCCAUGUUGCUACUACGGAUCAGCGGCCGGUUCCGCCGGCCGUUCCCGAGAUUCAGAUUGAUAUUGGCAAGGCGGAGCACCGUGUUGUGUUCUCUGACAGGCCCUCCUCGCAUGCAAGCGGAGAGAGUCGUUCCACUACUGCCACGGACUCGGUGUCAAUGGCUGGGGGUCCGCCGGAGGUGUCACAUCUUGGGUGGGGGCAUUGGUACACUCUCAGAGAGCUUGAAGCGGCCACAGAUGGGUUGGCGGACGAGAAUGUGAUCGGAGAAGGCGGAUACGGUAUUGUUUAUCGAGGAGUACUCUCCGAUAAUACUCGAGUUGCAGUGAAGAACUUGCUGAAUAACAGGGGUCAAGCUGAGAAGGAGUUUAAAGUAGAGGUAGAGGCGAUUGGCCGUGUUAGACACAAGAAUCUGGUCAGGUUGCUUGGGUAUUGUGUCGAAGGAGCUUACAGAAUGCUUGUUUACGAGUAUGUAGACAAUGGCAAUUUGGAUCAGUGGCUUCAUGGGGAUGUAGGGCAAGUGAGCCCUCUGACAUGGGAUAUCCGGAUGAACAUUAUCCUUGGAACAGCAAAAGGCUUGGCCUACCUUCAUGAGGGUCUUGAACCAAAGGUUGUCCAUCGAGAUGUAAAGUCUAGCAACAUCUUACUUGACAAGCAAUGGAAUUCCAAGGUGUCUGAUUUUGGGCUAGCCAAACUGUUGUGUUCUGAAAGGACUUAUGUUACAACUCGUGUGAUGGGAACAUUUGGCUAUGUGGCACCGGAAUAUGCUUGUACUGGUAUGUUGAAUGAGAGGAGUGAUGUCUAUAGCUUUGGAAUACUCAUGAUGGAGAUAAUUUCUGGGAGGAUCCCUGUUGAUUAUAGUCGACCACCUGGAGAGGCGAAUUUGGUUGAUUGGUUAAAAACCAUGGUCGGAAACCGGAAAUCUGAGCAAGUAGUGGAUCCUAAGUUGCCGGAAAUGCCAUCUUCAAAGGCACUUAAACGAGCUCUUCUUGUUGCUCUCAGAUGUGUUGAUCCGGAUGCCAAGAAAAGGCCUAAAAUGGGACAUGUGAUUCACAUGCUUGAGGCUGAUGAUUUGUUAUUCCGUGAUGAAAAUCGGAUUGGACGAGAAGCCAGCCGCUCCCAUCGAGAUCAUCCAUCAGCAGAUCAAGUUGUUGUGGGGUUGGACGAUAAACAGUUGGGUGAAGGGGUAUUGGAGAGAAGAGAAGGGGAAACCAGUAACAAUCUACACCAGCAAACAAGGUGGAGAUGACAAAGGGUAAAUUAGGUGACUGACAAUUCUUAGCCUGAGUGAGUUUCCAAAAUUCUAUCUACAGUUAACCAAUUUCUGUCUAUAACUCAUUCUAUAUCAAGAAUAUGGUUAACCAGCAGAAAUCCUGUAUUUCGUCUAGUUGUAUGUUUGCAUAUUUUAAUUUAGGAUCCAUCAUGUGUUGAAUUGGGAUGCACUUGUAUCAUAGAAAAUUUAUUCAUCAUUUAGAUGAAAAAAAAAACAGAACUGCAAGUGUAUAUUUAGCACUGGAGAGUGGAGUGAAGAUAUUUCUUGUCAGUUCUUGUUAAGGUGGUUUUUGGCAUAAUGAACUGAUAAUACAAUUUCAUCGCUUGUACUUGGCUA